UGUCAGAGGCGGUCGACGGAAUCGAGAGAGGUUUCCGUCUGCGGAAACGAAUCGACAAGAGAGAGAGCGAGCGAGCAAAUUCAUAGGGCUCCGAGAGGAAGAAAGACUGAAGAGAAAGGUGGACCCAGCGCAAACACACAUUCACCUUACUUGAAUACAUUUAUACUUAAAACAUUGAAGAUAAGGCCUGCGGAGAUGGGCGAUAAGGCGGGGACCAGAGUCUUCAAGAAGUCCAGCCCUAACUGCAAGCUCACAGUAUAUUUGGGGAAGAGGGAUUUCGUGGACCAUCUCGACCAUGUGGACCCUGUGGAUGGAGUGCUCUUGGUUGACCCUGAAUACCUUAAAGACAGAAAAGUGUUUGUGACCCUAACGUGUGCGUUCCGGUACGGCCGGGAGGAUCUGGACGUGCUAGGCCUGUCCUUCCGGAAGGAUCUCUACAUCUCCACCUUCCAGGCCUUCCCCCCGCUGCCAGAGGAGCGCAAGCCCCUCAGCCGGCUGCAGGAGCGGCUACUCAAGAAGCUGGGUCAGCAUGCACACCCCUUCAACUUCACCAUUCCUCAGAACCUACCUUGCUCAGUGACCCUACAACCUGGACCAGAAGAUACAGGCAAGGCGUGUGGAGUGGACUUUGAGGUCAGAGCUUUCUGUGCCAAGUCAGUGGAUGAGAAAAUCCACAAACGGAACUCUGUGCGGUUGGUGAUUCGUAAGGUGCAGUAUGCUCCAGAGAAGCCAGGCCCCCAGCCCAUGGUGGAGACCACCCGCAGCUUCCUCAUGUCUGACCGGUCCCUACACCUGGAGGCCUCGCUGGACAAAGAGAUCUACUACCAUGGUGAACCCAUUAGCGUGAACGUCCACGUCACCAACAACUCCACCAAGACCGUCAAACGGAUCAAAAUCUCAGUGCGGCAGUAUGCUGACAUCUGUCUGUUUAGCACCGCACAGUACAAAUGCCCCGUGGCACAGGUGGAGGCUGAUGACCAGGUGUCCCCGAGCUCCACUUUCUGUAAGGUGUACACACUCACCCCCACGCUGACCAAUAACCGGGAGAAGAGAGGCCUGGCGCUGGACGGCAAGCUCAAGCACGAGGACACCAACCUGGCCUCCAGCACCAUAGUGAAGGAUGUGUCCAAUAAGGAGGUCUUGGGCAUCCUGGUGUCCUACAGAGUGAAGGUCAAACUGGUGGUGUCUCGUGGAGGUGAUGUAUCAGUGGAGCUGCCUUUUGUUCUGAUGCACCCCAAACCCACAGACCAGCCCAGCUCAAGGCCCCAGUCAGCUGUGCCUGAAACGGAUGCACCUGUGGACACCAACUUGAUUGAGUUUGAGACAAAUAAUUUCUCUCAGGACGAUGACUUUGUGUUUGAGGACUUUGCUCGCCUGCGGCUGAAGGGCAUGAAGGACGACAAGGAUGAAGACGACCACUUUUGCUAACGUCUCACCUGAGCCAACCCUCCAGCCCAGCCCAGCCCAGCUCCUGUCCCUCCUCAUACCUGAACGCGUGGCCAGCAAAGGGGCAGUGGCGCUAGCCUGCUCCAUAGCUACUCCCAGUCGGGGGCCCAAUCAGAAAAACAUGGAAUGCUUAUCCUUCACCUUUUGUUUUCCCUCUAACUCCUCCAUUAUUCUCCUCUUUCGCCUUUUCCUUCUCUUUCAAUAUAUGUUUUCUCCUUGAUCCUUGUUCUUUCUUUCUGGUCAUGUCUAAUGCUGCUGUUGAGCAGUUUUUUUUGUCCCCAUUUGGUUAAACCAGAUGAUGCACAAGUGUAAUAUGAGAGAGAUGUUUGGCUGGAUUACGGAGGGUCCAUUGAUUCAGGGUUGAUGCAAAUGUGUCUAUGUUUUUAAUUUUCUUCUAUCAUGUCCGACAUUAUAUAUGAGGCGGGCUUUAUUACCAAUGUAAGGACAAAAGUACCAUCUAACUUGUGUACUGUAUGCCUUGCACAAGUUAGCAGCUGGGGAUGAAGAACGUUUGUUCUUGUGGUUUGCCCCUUUCCUUCUCCCACUUCCUCUAAUAGAACAUACCUGUCCAUUAUGUACCUUUAAUACAUAAGACACUGGCAUUACAGUUCCGCGACCUCAUACAGAUAUGUCAAAUUAACCUAUCUUACAUAUCUUUGUAAGUUCGUGUGACGGAUGGGCUUAUGUCAUUUCCUGUGCACAGGUAGUGCACUUGUAACACACAGAACAGUGUGGCCUUUUUUAUGGGUAGAAAAUAUAAGAUGGCUAAAUAUAUAGGACCACAAAGAGAUAUUUUGUAUCUUCUUUUUUGUUUUCUUUGAGAAAGAGCAUCUAUUUGUUAUGUACAAUUGUAGAAUGUGUGUAUGCUGUCUCAAGUCUCUGGUAUAAUGGCACCACGAGGCUGACACAUAAGAUGGACACUGAGAUGCCUAAUUAUUCAACACACACACACACACACACACACACACACACACACACACACACUACAUGUACUGAACACACAGUCACUCACUCUCUUAAAAAAUCUGUCUAGUGCAGAUUUGUUUUUGUUUUCUUUUUGGGGCUAUUACUUGUUUUUUCCCACUAGAUAUUAGUUGGAACUUGAUUACCAAAAGUCUUUUUUUCCUGUAAUGGAUAUCAUUGCAUUUGAUUGAAAUGUUCAAAACUGAUACCUGCCACCAAAUGGAAAAAUGCACCAUAAACAUGAACAUACUGUACAGUAUCUACACCCAUGCAGUUAAAACACUGGUAGUUGAAACAGAUACAAAUCUAAUAUAUUAAAAUGUGUGUAAUUGUUUCAUAGUGAUACACAUCUUUAUGGAUCAGAUUCUUAGCAAUGACAUUUUACUCUAUGGACCAGAGUCCACUCAAUAAUGUCAUGAUGGAUGGAAAUGGUAGAUGAUAAAUACAAUGGCUAGUAAGCAUAAGCAUAACAAAAACAACAGCAAUUUACAAAUGUUAUCUUUUGUGGCAGAUUUUUGUUUUAAUUUCCUAACCUGCAGCUAUCAGUAGCAUCUUGAAGACUAGUGGCCAAACAAAAAAGCAAGGAUAAUAUUUGACACCAUUUUGGCAAGUCUCUUCACCUCUUCAUCAAUAUUUAUUACCAGAAGUUGAGUUAUUGAAACAAUGAUUGAAAAGUACUUCAUUUUUAUACAACAUAUUGUCAUUAGAAUUGUGUUUUACAUGUUUGAAUUUAGUUGUCACUUGUAAGAAUUCAUGGCUAUCUGUCAUUUUAUAUGGAUGGCAUGAUUUUAUGCAUUUGCAGUUAUAGUCAUUUUCAAAAUGCCAAUUAAGUUUUAAAUUCUUUUUAUAACAAAUCAUUGAAUGCCACAGUGUUGGUACUUGGUAGUGAGAAUGUCUUCCUAUUGAAAUGACUAAGCACGCCAUGACUUCCCACUUGUCACAAUUGCAUCCCGAUAUGUGGUAAUUCUGUCCAAAACAUUGCUUAGGGUAAAUUUGAAGUUUUGGGGGUUUUAAGGUCCUCAACCAGGAGCAGAAAUUGAAUUUUCAAUUAUUAAAUUCCUGAUGCAUCUUGUUACAUUAAUCACCCAUAUCUUAAAAAAGUGUCACUGUGUCUUGUAAGUCCUUUUAUUUUUAGGAUUUCUUAAAUGUCUUUAAGGAGAAGUGGGGAAGUGCUCUGAAAGUGGUGUCUUACUCUCCAGUGCCCCCUAGUGCCCAUGACCAGUAGCUAGUUGAUUGUCUGUGCCUCAGCUCUACUGAAGAAUGAACCCAGAACUUUCUUUGAUGCUGUACCUUUUACCUCCCAGAAACCAGCAAAACUAAAUAUAGAUACAAUUAUUUUACCUGCUCUUAAAACGAAUGUGUGGGACGUGGGAAAGGGGACAUGAAAAGAGGAACUACUCCCGAAGUUACUACUUCUUAUUAUUUUGCUGUCAACAUUAUAUAUGCCAGAGAUAUUACAAAAGAAAUGUUGCCAUUAUUUUUCUUUGUUUUGUGUUGUUUUAUUAAGAUUCUAUUUUAUUUUUUAUUAAAGUGAAAAAUAAAAACUAACCUUAAA